CUGCAGUGUCUCUGGUGAUUUAUUUUUUACUCUGUCUGACAUGGCUUGGCUAUGGGUGUUCCUGUUCCUAGGGUCCUGUUCUUUCACCUACACAUUUGAAACAAAGGACUAUGUCGCCCCUCGAUUUAAUGUCAGCUUGGACCUGCCUCCUGAGGAACGCUGGAAACCAAUUAUAGAGCACUAUAAUUUUACGGAGCUACAGCAGUAUCUGAAAAUGUUUUUAAGCUUGAUAAAAGAUCAUUGGUCCAAGCCCAUGUAUUUUAUAAUGGCAGAUAUCUACUUAGAUUUUUUAGCUCCCGAACCUUAUGCUGGAGAGAUCCGUGGUAUAGCCAAAGCGCUUGGCUUUAAAACGUCUGAAGUAACCCUCAUAAACCUUAUCUAUGAAGCUGUCAUGGCCUGCACAAGUAUAAUAACAGAAACUAAGGAAGGAUAUAUUUAUCACGGAAGAAACAUGGACUUGUACUUUUCCAUAGACCUAAGAAAGCUUGUGUUGGAUGUGGAUUUUAUUAGAAAUGGGCAGAUUGUGUACACAGGAACAACCUUUACAGGCAUUGUUGGUCUCUAUACUGGGCAAAGUCCCCAUAAAUUUUCCAUAUCUUCAAAUGCUAGAGAGAAUAAUCAGGUCCUGUGGAAGAAUGCACUUUCUCUUUUAUUGCGCAGAUAUCCUGUCAGCUGGCUCAUCCGAGAUACUUUGAACAGUGCUCCAGAUUUUGACUCCGCAGUUGAAAAACUAUCACAUACAGAAAUCACUGCUGAAAUGUACCUGACCAUUGCUGGUACAAAGCCAGGUGAAGGUGUGGCUAUUACUAGAGACCGAGAUGGAUUAGCUGAUGUUUUGAAUUUGAAUGUCUCAAAUGGACGAUGGUUCCUUGUACAAACCAAUUAUGACAGAGGGACUCCACACCCGCAACAUGACAACAGGAUGUACUAUGCUACCCAGGCAUUGAAUUCAACAGGGCAAGAUAAUAUUAACAAAGAUUCUUUAUACGAGGUUCUGUCAACCCACAAGGUGAUAACGUGGGGAACAGUCCAUACUACAAUGAUGAGUGCAGCUUCUCCAGAAGAUUAUGUUUCUUUCAUUCGGAGUAAAAUGGCUUUCUAUAGAAGAAGAAUCUGAUGUGUAUGUUCAAGUGAUGAUUACAGCUGUGCAGUAUACUUCUCUGAAAACUCCUACUGCUAAAAUGUUCCAGAAAAUUUGUAUUUAUGGUAUUAAACAAUUUACAAACCUAUUGUGUAAAUCUCCUGAGGAAGCGAGUGUUGUCUUGCAAAAUGCGUUGAGCUCCAAUACAUAAGCAUCUGCUCCCUGUAUUACCAGUCAUAUCAUGAUUUAUGUAGCUACGGAUAUUUAUGUGCCUAUACCUGUAAUCAUGUCCUAAGAUUUUAAAUGUAUGUCAAAGUUCUUUUAGUGUUUGAAUAAAAUGUUGUACAUUUUAUAUUCA